AUGCCAGAUCCACCAUUUAGUCCCUCUGAGACCUCAGGCUCCCCAGAGUUCCCGAAAGCCAGGAUGGGCCAAGAGUCCUACAAACUGCGCUGUCUUUUGGGCCUGUGUCUCCUGUUGCUCUGGAUCUAUUACUACCAGCUGGAGACUGACACCACUCCAUGCUUCUCUAUCCGCACAGACACCUACGGCUCCUGGCAGCGCAUGCAGCAGCUCCGCCAGGCGCAGCUGAGGGCCGCCUGCAAGAGGCACGGACUCUGGAAGUCCAGCAUCCUUCCCUUGCCCAAGGAGGUAGCCCGGCAGCUGCUGGUGGAGCCCAACAACCGCCUGCUGUUCUGCGAGGUGCCCAAGGCGGGCUGCUCCAACUGGAGGCGCGUGCUGCUGCUGCUCGCCCUCGACCUGAGCGACUGGGACCCGGCCGAGGUGGAGGCCGGCGCCCUGCACCACACGAACCUCCUGCAGCGGCUCAGCUCCUUCCAGGCCCCCGAGUGCGACGUCGUGUUGAGGAACUACACCUCGAUGCUGGUCACCCGCCACCCGCUGGAGCGCCUCGUCUCCGCCUACCGAGACAAGCUCCUGCACUCGGAGCCCUACUACAAGCAAGUGGCAGCUAGAGUGCGCACCCGCGUCCGCGGGUCCCGCGAUCCGAAGAGCCAGCGCAACCUCACCUUCCCCGAGUUCGUGACUUUCGUGCUGCGGCAGCCGCCCGCCAAGCUGGACGUGCACUGGAAGCCCAUGUCGCUGCUCUGCUCGCCUUGCAGCGUGCGCUACGAAGUGCUGAUCCGGCACGAGCGCAUGAGCUCGGAGGCGGGGCACGCUCUGAGCUUCCUGGGAAUCCCCCUCCAGGGGCUCUUUCCCUCCAUGAAGGCGCACUCCGGCGAGAAGCGCACAGACGACCAGCUCACUCGUCACUACCUUGGUCAGCUCAGCCCCGAACAGCUGAGUGGCCUCUACAGACUCUACUUCCUCGACUUUACGCUCUUUGGGUACCAUCCACUGAACCUCUGA